AUGAAAUCAACCGCCAGCUUCGUGCUCCUCUGCCUUUCUGCCGCUUGCAGUGCGCAGAUGAGAAACCCGAAGGACCGAAGGGGGCUCUGUAGGGUGGAAGACCCCAAAGACCCUGAAAUCCCCCAGGGAGGCUAUUGUCAAUACGAGUGGAUAGAAAUCGAUGGCUCUGAAAUGUCGGAGAGAAACUACUGCGGCACCGUAGACUCGUUAGACUCGUUAGUUUGCAUCCUUAGUCUGAUGGUCUCCGUAUUAGCGCCGAUGGACGAAGUUGUUAUAGAACAGAAGAUGAUGACGAUAAAUUACAGAUUGGUCCGGUCAAACUCGCAUGGAGAACGGGGGGAAGAUGUGCACCAAACACCAAAAGGAGACCAACGAGCCAAAGGCAGGCGACGGCCAACCAACACAAGCUUCUCUGCAUCAUCGAUCACGCCGUGCGGAGCGAUGACGCUCGGCGGCCAUAACCGACGCCGCGUUCCAUUGCGAUGCGCCAUUUUGAGUGGACCAUGUGGUGUCUUUGGCAGCCAAAAGCGUAGAGUCGACGGUAUGCUGGAGAUUGCGAUGCGGCAGACGCACGGGGCUGUCCACUCCACCUCCACUGGCCAGCCAGACAGCGCGCGGCAGAGAGGCUCGACAGCCGAAGCAGAGGAACGGGGAUUGCGCAAAGAGGACGAGACGAGCAGAGAGGCAGGAUUCAGUCGUCCGCGAAGAGGAGGGCCAAAGCCUCGACAGAGUCAUCACAGAGACGACCAGACUGCGCGCGCGCAGAGAACGUCCAAAAGUCAACGGCUGCCGACAAAGGGACAGGGAGGCAAAGAUCAGCCUGUAUCCCUUGCUCCCUCACUCGCCCCCGUCUUCAUCUUACCAUUUCCCGUUCGAGCGGCUGGCUGCACCGCACAGCUGCCACCGCACGGCCGAACAGGAGGCGGGAAACAAGGGCCUCCCAUGCCCCUGGGGCUCGUCCAUGGUUUCACCUCUACCGAUUCGAGCAUUCCUUCAUCUCCCUGA